AUGUCUCGAAUUGUAAGAUCAACCUUUGACACUGAAACUAUACGUGAACAGAUUAUGAACGAUAUUAAUGAAGAAUAUGAUAAUUAUCUACGACAGGAUGUGCACUAUCAUGCUCAAAAUAAGGAACGUAUCUAUCGAAAUAUUUUGUUAGUGGGCCUUUCGAAGAGUGGCAAAAGUACGCUAGGACAUAUACUCGAAGAUCCUCGAUACAUUCCUAAAGAGUUAACAUUAUCAUCAAUAUCAGACACAGAAAUCCAAUGUACAUGGAAUAUAUUUGCAGAACCAACUCUGAUCUCAUUAAAUAUCGUUGAAAUACCUGGUUAUAUGAUUGAUGAAAAUAGCAAUUUGUCAGAUAUUAAUAGGACAUACAUAGAACUAGGAAUCACCGAGCUGCAUUUAGUUUGUUUUUGUACAUCUCUUAUUACAGGAAUUGACGGAUAUGCUAUCAAAUUAUUUACACGUUUUAUUCAACAUUUUGGUGAAGAACAAAUCCGUGAUAAUUUAUGUUUUAUUAUAACCCAAUGUGAAAUGAAGAAUGAGGAACAACGUCAAAGCUUACGUGAUGAAUUUUUAUAUGAUACUGAGUGUGCAACGUUGACAAAAAAUCAAGCGGAUAGGAUAUAUUUUUCAGGUGCACUUAAUCCUGAUGAUUAUAAAAGUGCAAAUGAUGUGCUAUUUUAUCAAUUUGAAACUGUUAAUAAUUACAGAAAGAAAUUAUUGCAAUUAAUUCAGAGUGAUAUCAAACCGAUUCACCUAUCAUCGACACGACCGCCAACGCAUCUGACAAAAUCACCACUAUCAUCAAUAUCCGAGUAA